AGCAUCAGUGAGACAGACAGCAAACUAAGACAGAGAGACAGAGACUAUACACACAGUACCACUUAUCGUCAUCAUUGAGAUAUGGAGAUAGAAGAGGACAUUUAUGCCAAUGUAGAGGAGGUCUGUGUGAAAGGCUGUGAUGAUCUGGCUGCAGGUUAUGAGACUUUACACCAGAGUCAACAAGCUGGAACAAGACUGAAGCAUGGGAAUCAGAACUGUCAGCCUUACAAGCUGGCUACCGUUUCUCUGGGAAUGCUGUGUGUGCUCUUGCUGACCUCAGUCAUAAGUCUCUCUGUGCUCUAUGAUGGAGGCUACAAUCAACUGUCCCGAACUCUUUCUCUCCUAACAACCAACCACACCAAAGAGAAGAAAGAGCUUCAGACUAGUUAUGGAAACCUGACUAAAGAGAAAGACCAGUUGGAGAGGGAGAGAAACCAGUUACAGAUCAGUUAUAACAGCUUGAGUAAAGACAUAGACCAGUUACAAAUGCGUUACAACACAAUGACUAAAGAGAAAGACCAGUUACAAAGGACAUUUUCAGAGCAGGAGAAAAAGAUGACAGAAGAACUGGGAUGCUGUCCUGAUGGUUGGAGGAGACUCGGAUCAAGCUGUUAUUACCUUUCAACAGAGAGUAAAACUUGGAGUGAGAGCAGAGCAGACUGUAUAAGGGGAGGAGCAGACCUGGUGAUCAUAAACAGCAGAGAGGAACAGGUGUUUCUAAACCAACUGGGAAAAUAUAUGCAUUUCUGGAUUGUUCUGACUGACUCAGAGAAGGAAGGGAUCUGGAAAUGGGUGGAUGGAACAACAGCAGCAACAACAACAACAACAACAACGUUCUGGAGCAGUGGAGAGCCAAACAAUGCCGAUGGGGAGGAGGAUUGUGUGGUCUUCAACAGGUUCAGUGAUCUGUCUAGGCACUGGGCAAUUAUUCAGAAUUGGAAUGACCAGCCUUGCACAGUGAAUACUCAAUGGGUAUGUGAGAGCACACCUAAUGUGUCAUAAUAUAACAAAUCCGUCCACAAGGGGAGAAUAAUAUCUGAAUUCCCUUUUGAGUUAGCAAUUGUAUUAUCACAGAUUAUUGUUGAAGUGUAAUUUAAAUCAAUUAUGACAUUAGUUAUGAUUAGUAAUUAUUGUAGUUAUGAUUUGUAAUGAUUUAAUUGAUGUAAUAUAGAAUUGCUUAUAAAGAACCAUUGUAUUAUGAAAGCACAACUCUAACUUGAAAGCUAAUGUCGUGAAUUGACAUGCAGGGUCAAAUCGAAUCGAAUCAUCUAACAGUAAAUCGUGAACAAGGCAAGUGCCAUGCUUCAGUUUGUGUAUAUUUCUUUAUCAGAUGGGAUGAUAAUUAUAGGCUACUUACUAAUUCAUUUGAGCUCCUAGUGGAUAAUAUUUAAUAUAUAUUUUGAAAGCUAACAGAACAGGAAUGUUUUGAAUUGUAUUGUAAA